UGGAAUCCUCGGACAACUUCUGCCCUUCAGCUAGUGAGCCAGACCCGAGAAAGCCAGAGAGCCCCGGUGCCGAGGGAUAUCUGCUCUGGGUAACUGUAUAGGCAGAGGGAAACGUCAUAAUUACUCACCCCAAACUAAUUGUCAGUAAUUAAAGUUAAGGAGGCAGUCUGAAGGAAAGCAAUGGACUCAGACUGCAGGAGAAGGCAGGUGGUGUCUGGUGUGGCUUCUGAGACUUGUAAACCUGGAUGCUGAGCUGGCCUCUGUUGUGUCAAGGUCUCUACCCCGCUGUUGACUCCCAGUUUGUUUCAGCCAGUAUUCCUUGGGUGAGAGGCCAGGCUGCCCUGGAAAUCCAAGAGGUGGACUGGAACUUAGCACCAGGCUGGCCUGACUUCACUACCUCAGCUUCCUGAGAGGAGGUGGAGAGUGGAGGCUCCUGGAGAAGGAGAAUACCAGGAGGAGAGAAGGCCCAAGUGAGCUUAUUGCCUGAGGAGGUGGGAAAGGAUUAUUGAGUAUUGAGAUGGCUGAUGAGAUUGAUUGGCUGGAUCUGCCUGGCUGCUGGACCUACGGAGUUGACUGUGGUGGCAGAAUCUUCUUCAUCAAUGAUGAGAAAGAAUCAACUAGCUGGGUGCAUCCAGGCACAGAAUCUCCUAUCCAGAGCGGACAAGUCUCCAGCCCAGAUUUGCCCAAAGGCUGGGAGAUGGGCUUCACCCAGGAAGGAGCUGUGUACUUCAUCAACCACAAUGAAAGACGGAACACAUUUCUGCACCCAGUGACCGGCCAGAUCCCGGAAGAAAACAAAAGAUUUGACUUGAAAAAAUCUGCCUCGGACAUGUCCAGUAAAACUGGUGGAAAGCGCCCGACAACCACCUCCAGUGGCACAGCCAAUAACAACAACAUGGUGUCCGAGGUCCCCCCAGAGCGGCCCAAUGUCAGGGCACCUCGUGCUUCCCGCAAAGCUAUAGCCUUUGGUAAACGUUCCAACUCCAUGAAGCGAAACCCCAAUGCGGCUGUCACAAAGAGUGGCUGGCUCUUCAAACAGGCCAGUUCUGGGGUGAAACAAUGGAAUAAACGCUGGUUUGUCCUGGUGGAUCGAUGCCUCUUCUACUACAAAGACGAGAAGGAGGAGAGUAUCUUGGGAAGCAUCCCACUCCUGAGCUUCCGGAUAGGGGCUGUGCAGCCCUCGGAUAACAUCAGCCGAAAAUAUACCUUUAAGGUGACGGUGUGCUGGGCAGGAGAGGCCAGGGCCGAUCCCACGAACUGCCUUUCCCCGCAGGCUGAGCAUGCUGGGGUCCGUACCUACUUCUUCAGUGCUGAGAGCCCUGAGGAGCAGGAGUCCUGGAUCCAGGCCAUGGGUGAGGCAGCCCGGGUACAGAUUCCCCCAGCUCAGAGGUCAGCCCCUCAAGCUGUUCGCCACAGCACUGGGAAGGGGCUGGAUCUACUGACAGGCACACCUUCGGCCUCCCGAAGCCUUGAGAAGCCCGACUCGGAGAAUAUCCCACCCAGCAAACACCACCAUCAUCACCAUCAACCCCGCAAUAGCAUCCCCAAACCAGAGCCAGAGUCCAAGACCCGAGGGGAAGGAGAUGGCCGAGGCUGUGAAAAGACAGACCGGAAACUGGAGCAACCAGAAGUCAAGAAAGAACCACUGGUGAAAGCCAAUGGUGUCCCGGCUGGACCAGAGCCAGCAUUAGAGCCAGGCAGUCCCUACCCAGAAGCCCCACGUGUGCCUCCUGGUGGGGAGCGAGGGACCCAACCCAAUGGCUGGCAAUAUAGUUCGCCCAGCAGGCCAGGGAGCACUGCUUUUCCACCCCAGGAUGGGGAGGGCAUCGGGCACCGCCGGAGCUUCCCACCCCGAACCAACCCAGACAAGAUCGCUCAGCGCAAGAGCUCUAUGAACCAGCUGCAGCAAUGGGUGAACCUACGUCGGGGAGCGCUCCCACCUGAGGAUCUUAGGAGCCCCUCCAGGUUCUACCCUGUGUCCCGCCGAGUCCCUGACUAUUACAGCUCUUACUCCCCCCAGUACCCGGACGAUUACCAGUACUACCCCGCCGGGGUGCGCCCAGACAGUAUCUGCUCAAUGCCAGCCUAUGAUCGGAUCAGCCCUCCCUGGACCUUGGAGGAGAAGCGCCACUCCUUUCGAAAUGGGGGCAGCACUGCCUACCAGCUCCGGGAGUGGAAGGAACCUCCUGGCUAUGGGCGUCAGGAUGGCACCGUCUGGAUCCCCAGCCCUGCCCGGCAGCCCGUCUACUAUGAUGAACUGGACGCUGCCUCGGGUUCCCUUCGCCGCCUCUCUCUGCAGCCUCGUUCCCACUCUGUGCCCCGGUCACCUAGUCAGGGAUCUUACAGCCGGGCUCGCGUCUACUCCCCUGCUCGGUCACCGAGUGCCCGCUUUGAGAGACUGCCGCCUCGAAGUGAGGACAUCUUUGCAGACCCUGCUGCCUACGUGAUGAGGAGAUCUGUCAGCUCCCCCAAGUAUGAUUACCUGGGUGAUCGGCGGCCUGUUCCUGCAGGUUUAUUCCCUUACAACUAUCCACCAUCUCCCACUGUCCACGACAAAAUGGACGAACUUUUAGAUCUUCACUUGCAAAGAAACCUAGAGUAUUUGGAUCAGCAGAUGAAUGAGAGUGAGACUCUCAUCAGUAUGGUGAACCGAAUGGUGGAAAAUUCUUCCCCCAGGGCCCAGCUAUUCAUGCAAGUUCCUUCUUACCCAGAGGUGUACCGGGAUGGCGUCCAUACCUACAAGUUCAACGAGCAAGAUACCGAUAAACUCCUGGGUAAGCUAUGUGAGCAGAACAAGGUGGUGAGAGAACAGGACCGACUUGUGCAGCAGCUCCGGGCAGAGAAGGAGAGCCUGGAGAGUGCUCUGAUGGGCACCCACCAGGAGAUGGAGAUGUUUGGGAGCCAGCCCUCCUAUCCUGAGAAGCUACUACAUAAAAAGGAAUCCUUGCAGAACCAGCUGAUCAACAUUCGGGUCGAGUUGUCCCAGGCCACUACGGCUUUGACUAACAGCACGAUAGAGUAUGAAACUCUAGAGGGGGAGGUCUCUGCCCUGCAUGAUGACCUUUGGGAGCAGCUCAACUUGGACAUCCAGAAUGAGGUCCUUAACCGGCAAAUCCAAAAGGAGAUCUGGAGGAUCCAGGAUGUAAUGGAGGGCCUUCGGAAGAACAACCCAUCCCGGGGCACAGAUACUGCCAAGCACCGAGGAGGGCUUGGCCCUUCAGCCACUUUCAGCUCCAAUAGCCCUGCAAGCCCCCUCAGCUCAGCCAGCCUCACCAGCCCCUUGAGCCCGUUCUCGAUGGUGUCUGGCUCCCAGGGAUCUCCCACUAAGCCCGGGCCUCAUGAGGAACCUGGCCCUCCUCGGCCUCCCCUUCCCAAAGCGUAUGUCCCCCUGGAGUCUCCUCCAACAGUCCCUCCGCUCCCUAGUGAAAGCCGCUUCUGGCCACACCCCAACUCUCCCUCCUGGCACCGAAGUGGCGAGACAGCCAGGGGCCAGCCAAAGGGUAGCUACGAGCAGGGCAAGAAGGACCCUCACCAGAUAUCUCCCUUGGAUCCUCCCAGAGACAUCAGCCUCACGCCCACCAGGCAAGAACUAGAGGCCGAGAAGCAGGCAGCUCUUAAUAAAGUUGGCAUUGUGCCCCCUCGGACAAAGUCACCCACUGAUGAGGAGGUAGCACCAUCAGCGGUGGUGAGGAGGAGUGCCAGUGGGCUUCCCAAUGGACCACUCUCCCGGCAGGAGCGUCCCAAGAGUGCAAUGUUUCCCAACGAGGCGAAGGCCAAGAUGAGUGUGGAGGAGCAGAUCGACCGCAUGAGGCGGCAUCAGAGCAGCUCCAUGAAGGAGAAACGUCGGAGCCUACAACUCCCAGCUGGCCCAUCCCCUGACCCCACUGCCCGACCCUCCUACAAAGUGGUGCGCCGUCACCGCAGUAUCCAUGAGGCGGACAUCUCCAACUUGGAGGCGGCACUUCGGGCAGAGGAGCCCGGUGGGCAGGCCUAUGAGACUCCCCAGGAAGAGAUUGCCCGACUUCGAAAAAUGGAACUGGAACCGCAGCACUAUGACGUGGACAUCACCAAGGAGCUCUCCACACCCGACAAAGUCUUCAUCCCUGAGCGGUACAUUGAGCUGGAGCCAGAAACACCCCUGAGCCCAGAAGAGAUAAAGGAGAAGCAGAAAAAGGUGGAAAGGAUCAAAACUCUCAUUGCCAAAUCCAGUAUGCAGAACGUGGUGCCCAUGGGCGAGGGCGACUCGGUGGACGCGCCACAGGACCCCGAGAGCCAGCUUCAGGAGCAGGAGAAGAGGAUUGAAAUCUCCUGCACCCUGGCGACUGAGGCCUCCCGAAGGGGCCGCAUGCUGUCUGCUCAGUGUGCCACCCCAAGCCCUCCCACCUCCCCUGCUUCCCCGACUCCACCAGCCAACCCCCUCUCGUCUGAUCCCCCGCGGGGCACCGACAGCAGCCAUUCUAUGCGGGUCUGAGCUGUGACUGCAAGCCCUGGCUGAGGCUAAUGCUGUGAAGUUCCACAGAGCCACCUUCUGAAGCCCUCUUCUGCCACACUGGGGUCUAGGCUCCCUAUCUCACCUCCACCGUGCUCCCCGCAGGACAGCUGUGGGGAGCCAGGCCUGGGGUGGCUUCGGCUGCUGAGAGGGGCACAGAUACCUCAAGACACACCCCCCCCCAUGGCCUCUUGGAUCAUGGCCCCAUUCUGAAGAGACGAUCCUGUUGCUCUGCUCUGCAAGGGUCACUGGACUGGGGCUGGGGACCGGCAUGAGGUGCAGCCCGCCGCCUGACACUGAAUGGAUAGGAGCACCCACAGCUGGUGACUGUGGAUACACCGGGACCUGCUGUGGAGGGGAGAACAUGGGCCAGGAGGUGGAAGAGAUGGACAUACCUCCUCCCCUAGCCCGAGAGAAGUCCUGCUAAGCCUCUAACCCUGACACCAAGGGAAGACUCCCCAGGCACCCUCUACCAUUCUCCCCAAUUUGCUCUCUCAAUUUAAACCCUUAGCUUUAACGAAUCUUGGCUCGUGGACGCCCUCUGGGGACAGAAGAGGGACUGGUCAUCUUGACUGUGCCAAAGACGAGUGUAAUGGGUCAAGAGAAGGACGCAAGGAUGUGAAUGUCAGUCACAGCACUCAGUGGUGGUGGUACAGGUGGUCAGGUGCAGUGGUUAGGGAACCAGCAGGUCUGUGUAGUGUCUAAGAACAAGUCGAGGAGGGUGAAGGGGUGGGGAGGUGAAGUGGUCGGGGAAGCUUCCCCAACAACAUUCAUUGGCAAGCUGAGGAGAAGGGAGAAAAAGGGGGGGGAGAAAGAUGGGGCUGAAAAAAUAGCUCAGAACGUGUUUUCUCAGAGGGAAGCUGCCACUCACUAAUGAAAGCAAUACCCGGUUGGCAUUUUUUAUAAUCUCAUCACUCCCAAGAGCUCUCUUCUGGGCACCCCCUCCCCCCAGACUAGCCUGAGGAAGACACACAAAGGCAGGUGCUUCUGCAGCCACGUGUUUCUGAUUCCAAUUAGGAGAUCUUUGAUGAGAACCUGGGAAGCUGCUGUGGAUAGAAGGAUGUCCUGGGGUCUGCAUGUGCCCCCUAGGGGUGGCAGCUGGUAACGGUGAAAUGGGGGAAAACCUCACUUAGCCAGUUUGGUGACAGUUCCCUGGUCCCCAUCCCCCAUCCCUUAGUUUCCAGCAGACAGAAUAAAGAACCCAAAGGCCCAAUCCAUCGCCUGUUCCACGCCCCAUUCUUCCAGAGGAUUCCCAGUCAGGGCUAGGUUUCACAGACGCUGGAACUCGAAUACAAGGACUUUUCUGGCACCUCGAAUGCAGAAGGGGAGGAUGUGUAGAGAUGAGCAUUGAGUCGUCUUACUCUUUCCUACUCAAUAACAUAAGAUGCAGCUAGAGAAGGAGAAGAGUAAGAUGGUCUCUGUACGCCAUUUUCUUUUUGCCAUAAUUACUAGCCUAAGGGUCACUCUGAUAUAGUAGACCAUUCUCACCCAUCCCAAUACCCUGAUAGUUCAAACCUAGGGAGAUCUGCAAACAGCAACUGUUUCGCAUCCUCUAGUCCACACCCCAAUCCAUUCACCUUCUUGAUGGCUAGGAUAGUUGCUACACCUACAUGAAUAUAAUUCCCCAAUUAACAAGUCACUGCCCCCUAUGCACACACACCUCAUUGCUCUAAGAAAAUGCAACUCAUACCAACUUUCACCCUGUAUUUUGAUCUCACCCCUGCAUAUGGUUCUAAGGCCCAUUAAAGCAUCCCUAGUCUGUCCUUCCUGUUUGGGGGAGAGGGUGGGUGUGGAGAAAAAAGGAGACCCAAUGACCUUUUUCUUUAGCAUCUUGCUUCUCUUGCCCCAUUUAACUCCCUGUGAAGAAGCCUGUCUCCUCCUGCUUUGAACUGAUUUGCAGGGACUGUUAACCCUUCCUGGAGUUUAUCUGUCUCUCCUCUCCCCCACCCCCUUUUUAAAAAAGAGUAAUUUUCAAAAGAAAUACAUGUACAAAACCAGGAAAUAACAUCUGCACCUCCCCCACCUCUUUCUCACCCAUUAUUUCAUAAAGCUGGCUCUUUAUGUUACUCUACAUGCCUUAAUAUAUGUUUUAUGGAAAUUAUACAUAUUAUAUAUAAUAUAUAUUUGUUUGGAUGUCUUAUCUGUUUCUGGAGCCCCUAACCUUAACUAUUUUUCUCUUUCCCUUAUCCUCUAUACUGUUUCAGGUCCUGGCCCACAAAGUGGACCUCUCUACCCCCAUCUUCUAGUCCCCUUUUUAUCCAAAAGUGAAAAAAGGACUUUAAGAUAGAUCUAGUUUCUGCUUUUGUUAAUGGCAAAUCUAUUUUCAAAUUGUAGAACGUCCAGGUUGAUGUGGUUGCUAGUUCAUGGGGCGAUUGGGAGUAGAAGGCUCAAUACCACCACCAACCACCACCUUCUCCACAACAAUAAAAUAAAAGCUCUCCCUGCUCAUGGAUUUCCAACUAUUUCCCGAUCCGGAAAAGGCAAGAAUCCCAUUCAAAAAGAUAUUAAAGAAAUCUUUAUUUGAUGUGGAAUUUCUCUUGAAGGUCUUCAGAAAACUUGAUAUUUUAGUCAAUUUCCUACUGAGCACAGAUAAAUUGCUUUGUGAGUCUCAGCCAAUUCUCCUUACCCAAGUUAGAAAUUCAGAUUCGGGUCAUCCUCGGCUAAACAGAACCAGGAAAGCAAAUCGACUGCUGGGCCAUGCUAUAAUGUCUUCCAAAGCCAAACAAAAAUGAUUUUGGGAUGACUGAUGCUAACUGCUUCCCUCUUACCAUGGAGCACUGAGAGCUGUUUGGAUCUUCUCACCACUUUUGUGGGUUCCAAUUCUCCCCUCCCUCAUGUAUCUGUAAGACAUCUCCAGCUGUGUACCCUCCCUCCCUUAGGGGACUGUCCCUUAGACCAUCCUUGGGACUAGUCUCAGCCUGGCAUCCAGGCUGCCAAACAAGGUCAUGUGCCAAGGAAGAUUCCAAAGGAUGAUGUAGCCCAUUCAACCUUGCCAAGAGGACCCAGACCCAAUCCAUCCACUGGAAUGUAUUCUCCGUGCUGAAAUAAAGCAAAGCAACAAUCCUAGCUGCUCUCUUGCCAUGAGAUGAGAUAAGCAGGCAAGGGGCAAUUUUGUGGGGAGGGUACAGACAAUCAGAAGGUCUCCAUAGUCUUGCAUCGAGGCCCUGUACCCAUAGGAUAGAAUAGCCCGUAAUUCUCAGCAGAAGUUUAGAGCUUGACUUUGCACCUCAAGAGAUGCCUUGGUGCUUGCUUCUCCACUUAACUGGCCCAGCAUGAACUUUAUCUCCCAGCAAGUGAGAUGGGAGACUUAGUGCCCAGCUUGCCCCCACCCACUCCCAUCUCAAAAAGCUAUAGUCUGGACUCUUGAGGAAGUGACAAUGGUGUUAUCCAUGCAGUGGAAAUCCCUAAUUAAUAGCCUAGGGUUGCCCCGGUCAAUAAUUCCCUCCAUCCGUGACUUGUGUUUUGGAUUGUCCUGUUUCAAAGGUCACUUUAACUGUAUUCCAGCUAUGUGGACUCUCUCUCCUUGCCCAGGGCUUAAGCAGAGCCCUGCUCUUAUUGGGGGAAGGGGGUGGGGGAGGGAGGAAGGAAUGACUGUUGGUUGAGAUGAGAUUUCCUUGUCUUUCUGUAACACCUUCCACCUGGUCACUCUUGUAACCAAGAAAACUCCACAGGAGUGAACUACAUCUAUUUAUGCACAUUCUGGGGACAAUUUAAUCUUGCUAGAUUUAGACAAUAAACCUAAUGAGGAAACCUGUGAUGUUGGUGUCUUUAUUUGGUAGCAAAGUGACCUUAGGAGAUCAUUUGAAGUUGGGUAUCCUCCAAGAAGCUGUAGCAUCCUCAUAGCAUCUUUCUUGCCCAGGAAGGGGGAGUUCCUCCCUGGAAUGGGUGAUCAUUUGCUUCCUCCUUUCAGCAGUCAUUCUUUUUAGAUGUCGCAACUACUAGAGCGGCCCCAUCUCUCAAGGGGAGCUGCAUUUGUGUAAAUAUAAGUUUGUAUAAAACCAAAACAGGAAAUAAAAUGGAUGGUUUGUACAUGU